AUACUUGGAUACAGACGUGGGAUUUUGGAAAUCAAGGGUUGUGGCUGAGGGGGUGACACAACAGGAAUCCCUUAAUAUGAGUGAUGAUAAACCUUUCCAAUGUACUGCUCCUGGGUGUGGACAGAGAUUUACAAAUGAGGAUCACUUGGCUGUCCACAAACACAAACAUGAGAUGACACUGAAGUUUGGCCCAGCAAGGACUGACAGUGUCAUCAUUGCUGACCAAACGCCUACGCCUACCCGCUUUUUGAAGAACUGUGAGGAGGUGGGACUCUUCAAUGAACUUGCAAGUCCGUUCGACCAUGACUUUAAAAAGGCAACUGAAGAUGACAUUAAAAAGUUACCGUUGGAUUUGUCACCUCUUGCGACGCCUAUCAUACGCAACAAAAUUGAGGAACCCACACCUAUGGAGGCGCAUCGAGACAGCCCUCUGCCUCACCCCGAAUCUACUACAAAUGAUGACAAGGACUUAUCUUUGCAGCCAGCCUCACUGCCAACAUCCACUAUAGUCCAUCCUGCAUCCCUCCAAGUUCCCAAUGUACUUCUAGCAACCUCAGAGGCUAAUGUUGUAAUACAGCAAGCUCUCCCAUCACCAACAUCUAGCUCUGUUAUUACCCAAGUCCCAUCCACUAAUAGGCCUAUAGUCCCGGUGUCUGGCACCUUCCCCGUGCUCUUACAGCUGCCUAACGGCCAGACCAUGCCAGUCGCUAUACCUGCGUCUAUUACAAGCUCAAGUGUACAUAUUCCAACUACAAUCCCUCUUGUCAGACCUGUCACCGUAGUGCCUAAUGUCCCCGGGAUCCCAGGACCUCCCUCGCCGCAGCCGCAGCCACAGCCCGUCCAAUCAGAAGCAAAGCUGAAACUGAAAGCCACAUUAAGCCAGCAGCUUCCUCAGGUAACCAAUGGAGAUGGUGGAGAAGUCCAGAGCAGCGCUGUAACCCACACCGCUGCUCCCGCUUCUCCUGCUCCGCCCCCGACUCCAACUCCAGCCCCGCCCGCGGUCCUAAGUCCUGCUCCGGCUCCUCACCUGCCCACGACUGAGGAACCUUCUCCCCAUUCCCUUCAGCAGCCAGCCACCUCCACCACAGAGACACCUGCUUCCCCUGUGCCCCCUGCGCAAAACCCUCCAAGCACAGGGGGUCGGCGGCGCAGAACCACAAGCGAAGACCCCGACGAGAAGCGACGCAAGUUCCUAGAGCGUAACCGGGCUGCAGCCUCUCGCUGUAGGCAGAAGAGGAAAGUGUGGGUCCAGUCUCUGGAAAAGAAGGCUGAGGACCUCAGCUCCAUGAACGGACAACUACAGAGUGAAGUCACCCUGCUGAGAAACGAAGUGGCUCAGCUGAAGCAGCUUCUUCUGGCUCAUAAAGAUUGCCCUGUAACCGCCAUGCAGAAGAAAUCUGGCUAUCACAUCUCUGAUAAAGACGAGAGCUGCGAGGAGAUGUCAGUCCCCGGCAGCCCCCAGAACGAGGCCAUCCAGCACAGCUCCAUCAGCACCUCCAACGGGGUCAGCUCCUCCUCCGCGACCCCGGCUGCCUCCGCCCCGUCCAGCGCCUCCGCCACCACCACCACUUCAAACCAGAGCACAGAGGAGAGCCAGCCGCGGAGGGGCGCCACCCAGUCUCAGCCUUCAGGGAGUUGAUCGUCUCAAACUGUGCGUUUAAGCGUCAACACUGGAGUGCUGUCGCCUCCUCAAUCCCUCUGACGAACAGAGGAAAGGGAUUCUCUCUCAGCUUCAGUUUGGACCGCACUGUUUAUCUCAAUUUAUUCUUGAUUUGGUUUGUUUAUGAUUGGUCCAUUUUGUCCUCCGUAGGCAAUGCUUUUGAAAAUGCAACGUUUUCUCUGGAAUUGAUGAAGACAAAAGAACAGGCACUUUAGGUGUAAGAUGUAAAACACGUGGUUCUGAGAUUUUUUUGUAUUUGUGUGAGUUUAUUUAUUAAUCUUAUAUAUUUUUUUAUUUGAAAGCAGCCUGAAGGUUGAUCAGUGAAUUGUUAGAGACCAUACCAAAGUGUGUUGUGGCUCAUUUCUAAUUAGCUUGCUGGUUUAUUUCUAUGUGUUUUAUAAGCACUAUCUUUAUGAUGAAGUUACAUAAAGAGCAGUCACUUUGUUUUAUAAUUUGCUUUUUCCAUUUUGCACAUUUUGAAAGAUGAUGGGUUUACAGUCAUGUGAAAAAGUAAGUGCACCCCAAAAAAUGUGUUUAGACAUGGAGAUAUUUGAGCUUAAUUUGAACAGUGCAUGGAUUGGGAUGGGAUGGUGUGCUAGGAGAAAACCUUUUGCUGUCUGCAAAGCACAUCAAGGCAAGGCUAAAGUUUGCCAAUAAUUAUCUAAGCAAGGACCAGGAUUUCUGGAACAAUGCUCUCUGGAGAGAUGAGUCAAAGAUAGAGUUGUUUGGCGAAAAACCAAAGACCGCAUUUGACCAGAGGAACCUCAUACUUACUGUAAAGCAUGGUUGUGGCAAUGUGAUAGUUUUGGGGCUGCUUUUGCUGCCUCAGGAACUGGUCGACUUAUGAUCAUCACCGUCAUACAAGAGAGUGCUUGAGGAGAAGGUGAGGCCAUCUGUUAGGAAGUUAAAGGUGAAGAAGUAGACCUUCCAACGGGAUAAUGAUCCAAAGCACACCAUUACAUCCACAAGAGAUGGAAAGGCCUAGGCAAAGUCCAGACCUGAAUCAGAUUGAAAUGCUGUGGGUGAUUUGAAACGAGCUGUACGUACAAGAGACCCCUCAGUUGAAAGUUCUGCAUGGAAGAGUGGGCAAAUAUUUCUCCCAGUCGCUGUCAAAGGCUGGUAGACAAUUAUAGGAAACGUUAACAUAAAGUUGUUGUUUUCUUUUGUUCAAUUAAGUCACCUUUUAUCUAUAAAGUUUCGAGGAUAAAAUAUUAAUGGGUCCAUAUGUCAAAAACGUUUCAUGGGGGUGUACGUAGUUUUUCACAUGACUGCAACUUUUUUUUUUUUUUUUUUUGAGUUUAAACAGUCCACAUGUUAAGUACUGGCAGCUUUUUAGAAGUAGAUUUGAAUAACACAUUACACAAAUGUAAAUGGCUGAAUAAGAUUUUUAAAUUUGACAACUUUUCUGUGAGAUCAGCUGUAGUUGCAUCGUGCAGUUUGAAUGUUUGUACAAAAUAAAAAAUGAAAUACAAAAGUAAAGAAAUAGUCUUAAGGAGGCGAUCUGCUUAGAAAUGUUUGUUAUUUCAUUAACAUUCCACCUGUAGUCUGAUUGUUCCUGAAGCAGUGAUUGUAGGAUUGCAGUACCUUUUUCCAUUACUCAGUCAUGGUGAUGUUGACUCAGUGCCAUUAAUGUUUUUGUAUAAAUUACAUCUGUACAUUUUUAAUGCAGAUUAGCUUUAGUUGAUCGCUGUUCUCUCAGAUUAAGGGUCUCAUGAACAUAGUUUCUCAGUUUUGAAAAACCUUGCUUUGUAUACUGUCUUUGCUUUAUAAGUGACUGUUUAUGGCUUUAGUGUCUAACGCAGAACACUUAAGGACAUUAUGCUGUUUUCAUGAUUGCAAUUCUAGAGGAAGUUUUUAGAAAACAUUGUAAAUAACAUCGAUGAUACAUUGUAUGUGAUCUUUCUAGGUGUUAUGUACUUUUUUUUAUAUAGAAUAGUCUGGAUUCAGUAGCUGAGCCCUGUUGAUCACAUUAAUGUUAAAAACUCCUCUGAACAAUGUUUCAAUCAUUAGGAUAGGCCUCUCCCUGACUCGAUACAUUGUCAUGUAAGAUUAAAGCAUUCAGAUGUGAACUGGAAUCACAUCAUGUAUAUUAGAGUAACACUACUGCUUGUAAGAAUUGUGAGCAUUUCAUCAUUGAAAUAAUAGUAGGAAGCAAAUCACACCAUGAAGUCAAUUUGCCUUUUUCUCUUAGUCUGUACUGGCUUACUACUGUGUAGUUUUACGAGAAGCUAACACAUUGUUUUAUUAAAGUAUGAUUUUUUUUAAAUUUAACUGUUAUGUAUUAUCUGCAUGAGAUAAUAAUUCUCUGCGAGAAUUUAACUGUUUAUUCGAUAAUGUCUCAGUCAGAUAAAUAUUAUUAAACAAGUUGUUUCAACUUGAGUUGUGGCUCUGAGUUUAUGGAAGCUUUGGUUAUUUCUUUGACCUCGGCUUAACUCUAAAAAAAAGGGGAGGUGUGAUACUGUGUUGAAAGUGUACUUGUAACUUGUGAAAGUUCUGUAUAAAGUUUGAAUUGAUAAGUUGUUGUAAUAAACCUUUUAUUAUCUCU